UUGUCCUCCGGAGGCAUGAGAGAGAGUUUUACUCUGCUGGCCUUGCCUGAAGGUGUGAGGGUUUCUUUAUGUGGGCAGAUCAGAAUGUCUGUGGCAUCCUUGCAGAUCACUGAGCCGCAGUCUUUUUUUAGUAGGUACCUUCGGUGGCUUGAUGUUUUGGACCCUACAGCUUUAUUAAGUUCAGAGGCAGAAGUAGAAAACUCCCGGGCCUUACUGGAAAAAUUAGGCAGUGCCAAUAAAUACCUCACACAAGACAAAAAGGUGAAUGAUGCACAGAAGCUGUGUGAGGCAUCUCUGCACCCAGACACUGGCAAUGCCAUCACCACAUUAUUUAGACCCCCAGCUUUCAUGCUAUGUGGUACCCCACUGGCUAUCGCUGCUUUGCUUCCCCAUACAAGAACCAUACCAGCCUUUUUGAGCCAGUUUCUCUUCCAUACUUACAAUGCUGGAUUCACUUUCUACAACAGGAAUGUAACCUGCAAACCAAAUAAAAUUCAGCCAUUUCAACCAAUGCUGCUUUUUGGCUAUGCCACCUAUUUUUCUGUCCUUGGGGCAUUACCUCAGUACCUGAUGAACAAAUUCCCCAGUGCAGCAAUGCAAACCUUCAUGGGCAGAAUCCUCCCAGUGCCUCUUGUUACUAUCCUGAGUGCAAUGAAUGUGGUAGCUGUGAGGCUGCAAGAAACUGAGGAUGGAAUAGAAAUAAAGGACAAAUCUGGGCAUGUUAUUGGUGUGUCAUCACAAGCAGGAUCCAAGGCUGUGAAGGAAACCGCUCUUUCCAGAGCAAUGUUGAUGGGAAUAACUGCAAUGAUCCCUGUGGCCCUGCAUCCCCUGUUGAGCCGCUCACGCUUCAUUCUAAGGAACUCUAAGGCAUUGGGACCAAUUAAAUGUGUAGCAACAGCACUAACCUUUGGUGCAAUGAUUCCUGUUUCCUUUAGUCUCUUCCCUCGACAAGGCACUAUUCUGAGGUCUGAGCUUGAAGUGGAGCUCCAAGGAAAUACAACAGAGUCGGUGCUUUUCUACCAUCGAGGCCUUUAACUUCCAACUUGACCACAACCAUGUUCAGGUCAACAAGAGACAGCUGUUAGCCUGCUAACCUAAACAAGGAUCUACAAAACCAAAGCCCAGAGUGGUUAAUUUGUCAGAUUCACCAGCAACUGUGACAUUUUUACUGAUUUCUGGCUUAGCUUGGUACUUAUGGAUUAAAGGGGAAGUUCAUUGUUAAAUUAACUAUUUUUGUAUAGUCUUGACAACUUUUUCCUGCUUUAUAAUGACUUAAAAUGGUCGAGUCUCUGGCAAAGUGUUGCAUUUAACGUCUCUGAAGUAAUUACUGUAUGUUCUGGCGCUAAGAUGACUAUUCAUCGUUUUUUGGUUCACACAAAUUUAAGGGAUUGAACACCUUUAAAUUAACUUUUAACUAAUGUGUCGAGAGUAAUAUAAUGAGAACAUUUGCAAUUUUUUUUUUUAUUAUUUGUGGUUUUUGAGUUGUUUUAUUUGUAUUUAUUUGUUGUUUUUAUUAAUCAGCUCUUGCUAGGGUUCAAAUUACCCUAGCAACUUAAUAGGAGAGGGCCAGGAUAGGAAGAUGAUAAUAAAAAGCUAAAAUAACUAUACAUUUAUAACGUUACAGAGAAUAUGUUUUUAAGAUGAGGUCAGUGACCCCCAUUUGAAAACUGGAAAGAGUCAGGAGAAGGCAAAUAAUUCACAAGCUAUAAAAAAGAAAAAGGGCAAUUGAAAAGUUACUUAGAAUUAGCUAUUCUAUAACAUACUUCAAGUUAACUUAAAGGUAAACCACCCUUUAAACAGUUUUAUAUAUUUUCUGCCCAGAUAAAAAACAGCAUUCCUACAUUUUUUUAAAAAAAUGCUUUGAAUCCACUGAUUCUUGUGCAUUUUAGUGUAAAGAAGGCAAUCUGUUUGUGAAAUGCUAUUUUGAAACUAAGAAGAUGUGUCCUUAAGUAUCGAUUGUAGUCUUUUCUAAUUGGGCUGCAUCCUAGGGAUAUUACAUAGUUUAGGUAUUGGUAUGUAUUGUAUUUACCUUCACCCCAGCAAUUCUGUUUGGAAACACACCUUCGUAUACAUAUUCCUACGUUUCCAGAUGGCAUGAAGAAAGAAAGUUACUAUUAUUAUUGUUAUUAUUAUUGGUUAUAAAUCACCAACAUUUUCUGCAGUGCUAUACAUAAGGUGAAAAUUAUUCAUAACUGAUGCCCACAAGGGAGGUAUCGCAUCUGCUGGAGCAUCAUUUCAUACUGGUAAGGGAAAAUAUGGCUGGGGUUAUUUUUUGGUAUGUAAUGUGUAACUUCAUUGUAUAUGCCUAUUUAUUGUACAUACUGUGAAAAAUGUUGGUGCUUUAUAAAAACAUGUUGAUAAUAAUAGUAAGAUCUUUAUUCUGCAUCAUGCAGAGUAGAAGAAUUGUCAAGUCUACAUCAAACUAAAACUUUAAGAUGGCCUUCAGGACAACCAAAUAGCUGGCAUUGUGUACAGUAACAUCUGCACAGUCCAAGUUCCAAAACCCACCAACACACCCUGGCCUCUCAGGUACAAGCUGGCCUGGUGCACAGUUGAAAGGGAUCGGCAACCCUUAAUGAAAUACGUUUAGCAAGAAGAAAACCGGCACUCAGAGCUCAAUGCAUGUGGGCAAUAAACACGCAGGGCUUUGCCCGCAUGCAUUGAGCUCUGAGUGCCGGUUUUCUUCUUGCUAAACAGUAACAUCUGCACAGCAUAUGGGCGAAAAACUCCUAAGUCUAAAUGGGAGAUUCCACAGAAUUUUGUGGAAAAUAACAGGACUUUCAGAUCCUAACAGACAGGCAGGUACAGGCCAAUCAACUGGACAUUGUGUUACUAGGACCAGAAAGCAGCAGUGGUGAUAGAUGUACAGUAGUUGUGCCAACUGAUGGCAACAUCAAAAAGGAAUAUGAGAAGCUGGAGAAGUACCAAUAUCUGAAAGAGGGACUAGAGAGGAUGUGGAGUAAAGACCAACGUGUUCCCAGUGGUGGCAGAAGCACUCUGGCUGUGACGCUAACCUUAGAGUGUGGCUCCAACAGAUCCCAGGAACAACAUCCGAGAACUCUGUCCAAAACAGUGCAGUACUGGAACAGCAAAUAUAUUGCACAGAACCUUCAAACUUCCAGUCCUCCAGUAUCUUUACUAUGUGUUUGUGGAUGAUGAAAUGUGAGAUAUUAAAUUGAUAUGCUAAGCACCCGAGAACAGAAGUAGAAUGCAACUUCAAGGUGUUGUGUGUUUCUCGGCUAUAGUCGUAAGCCAAGACUUCAUAAAGGAGUGAAAAUGAAGAAAAAUUUAUUGUCAAUAUUUCGUUCCCAAUUUGGACCUUUCUCAAGACAUAACAAACAGAUUGUGCGUCUCCCUAAAUUUAAAUCCAAGAGAGAGCCCCAAAGACAUUAUCAGUGUGUAAACUGCUGUAUAUAAGUGUAUACAUUGUGUAUGCAAUAAAACUCAUAGUGAACUAC